UAAGCACGACACGCGGCAGACGAACCGAGCGAGUUAUAUUUUUCCGUCCAAUGCCAUGCGCAUCGCAUCAAGGAAUAUCGCCAUCCAUCCCUCAUGUGUUACCCCCAUUCACGGCCGCGGGCGUCUCCUUCUCCUGCUCCUUUGCUAUCGCCCCUCCCCGCAGCCUCAAGUCGACCCCGCGCCCCUCCCACCCCUCGAAGGUCACAAAUUUCUGCCUUAUUUCAGCCUCCUUGAGCUCGUCAGCUUCCCAGUUCCAUGCGUCAACGAAUGAUGUGGCCUUCGCUGGGGGUGCCGGGCGAUGGAUGACGCGGGGGAAACGGGAAAGGUCGACAUAGCCUGCAUCGAUGUCUCGAGCGGCCGCGAGAAACCGGCACAGAUGGCAGGUACUGUCGGGGUAGUUGAGCGACAACAGACGGCGGAAAGAAGGAGACAAAGGCUCCUGAAGGCACAAACACAACAUAAAUUGGACAUGAAUGCAUACACUCAGUGCCAUGUGUGAGGGGAGGGGGGGUGUUGCAUACUCGCUUCCAGCUGAGGUAUUUGUUGUAUUCCCGAGGGUGGCUGUCAAGGUAGCGCAGAUAGUCUGCCAGCUUCCUGGGCGACUCAAAGUCUUCCGCCACGAUAUAGCUCUUCGGCGGGGGGGCGAAAGAGUGAUGGUUGCUGACGCGAGAGAGAACAAUGGGCACCGUCCCGGCAGACAGCGCCUGCAUGGCAUACAAAUGGAUGAAUGAAUGAGAGGACAAUCGACAACCAGCAGGGGCUGACCUGGGCAAAUUUCUCCGUCACGUAAUCCGGGAGAUUGGUGUUUUCAAAGGCGAGAUGAAACUUGUGGCGGGACAGCAGAGCGUUCUUCUCACGCCCUCUGUUGGCCGUGAAGCGGUGUGACAAGAGACCCAAGACGUCGGACGCGUUUGCAGUGUGAACGCAUUUCCCGAAAGAAGCGACGGGAAUAUGUCGCAUCAGCUCCUGCAUGUACCGGAGACGACCGUUGCUGCAGAUGCCAGCGGAGACACAGCGAUGCUCCUAUGUUGCCCUGGUGUUCGUUGUCUCUGUCGUCCCUAUCUUACUUGUCUCUGCAGUUCGAAAUGAGAGCGCUGACGAGAUGCUUGCCCGUUUUGGGGCGAGGGGGCGCCAGCCAAUCAUACGCCGACCAGCCCAAGUAGAUCCUCGGGACAUCGCUGUUGAGCUGCACCGUCAUUUUCAAAUCAAAUCGGCUGCACGGGCACGGACACAAAAGGCAAUACGGUACGUGUCUCAUGGAGAGCAGAGGCAGACGUCCACCUACUUGAGGGUGUUUGCAUCCUGCAUCCAGUCUGCGACCUCCAUUGUGUUGGCAGCCCAAUACUGACAACAAUCCCCUGCACCAAUCCCUGUACGUGCGCCUCGUCCGCGGUGUCUCUCACCUGGUGUAUUGGCUUGUCUUUCACCAGGCCCUUGGAAAAGUCACGAUCAUAAGCCCCAAAGACAAUCGCGUCAGCCGCUAUCCACUUCUUCCUGGCAACGAAAGGAGGAGACCAGAAGGUCCGUCCAUCGCCCCAUGAGAUGCUGGCUCACUUGUUCUUGCUAAGGAAGCACGGCACAUCGCAGUUCAACAUGCCAUCGUCAAUUUGUAGCACGCCCGCCAUCCCGAUGUGAGCCGGAGGGUUUGCCCACUCCAGUAUGACCACUGGGUCGCUCCGAUUGACUGUGUAGAACCGCCAAUCUAUCCCAUCAGCCUCAUGUGCCGCCUCAUCCCCCUUCCCGUCUCCUCUCAAGCGCCGCCUGUCAUUCUCGCCAUUGUAUCCAGUUCUCCUCAGAGACAUCCGUGACCGCCUUUUAUUGUCAUCGCGGCAUUCGUAUCGGUAGUCCCAUCUGGUGACUGGCCCCAGCAUCCGCGCGUUGGCCCGUCUCGGGUCACCAGCUGCCAUGCGGUUCAGCUUCGACCGGCCGAACUGGGCGUACAUUGCCGGCGUGGCAUUCACUGCAAAUGGCAAAGGGGCGAAGGGUCGGGGCAGCGAGUCAUCGCAGGAAGGGAGGACGCGAGGCGGUUCGCGCUGAAAGGCUUUGAAGAGAUGGCGGAGGAACGCCCUGAAUACCUCGUCGAACAGGAUGGUUUCAUCGCCGUAGGCCAUGGACAGGAAGUAGAGCUCUAAGACAAUGACGCUGAUGGCACCGCAGAACGCAAGAAGCACGACAAAUAGCAGUGAUCGGGGACAUUUUUCGCCUUUCCUGCGUUGUGCGGUGGCAGGGCUGGGAAGCCGCUGGACACCAAUUCGCGGCAGAUGAGGGCCAGAGGGAGAUCUUGGCUUGUCAAUGAGGGAGAGACGGAGCGAGUUUGACAUCAUUUUGGAGGAGAAGGACUAGU